UGUCAUAACCUCCUAAAAUAUACAAGAUUUCCAACUGUUUCCAAUUUUCUAGGACUACUUAUGAAACUGUGGUUUGGGAAUGAUAUUUUUUUAUAAUGAAGUCAUUAUCUAACUUUAGAAGCUACUCACGCUUACUUUCAAAGAGGCGCGUUGUAGUCACAGGCUUAGGUAUAGUUUCUCCUUUAGGAUGUGGCGCAAACAAUGCCUGGUCAAAUCUUCUGAAAGGCCACUGUGGUAUAGUAAGCUUAAAAGGUGACGAAUUUCUUACAUUACCUAGUAGAGUAGCAGGAGUUUUACCGAGAAAGCCGAACGAUGCUGUAGAUAAAGCCUUGUCAAAACAAAAUUUAAAGUCCAUGGCUCCAGCGACUUGCUUAGCACUCCUAGCAACAUCUGAAGCAUUAUCUGAUGCCAAUUGGAAUCCCGAAACUUCGCAACAAAAAGAAUACACCGGCGUCACUCUCGGCAUGGGAAUGAUAGACCUGAAAGACGUUUGCGAUACAAAUGAUGCCUUAAAAUUGGGAUACAAUAAAGUUAGUCCAUUUUUCGUGCCAAGAAUAUUGCCGAAUAUGGCAGCAGGCCAAAUAAGUAUUAAAUACGGCCUGAGAGGUCCCAAUCACGCAGUCUCAACUGCUUGUGCCACAGGUUCCCACUCCAUUGGAGAUGCAUUUAGGUUUAUUAGAAAUGAAGAUGCCGAUGUAAUGAUUUGUGGGGGUGCCGAAGCUUGCAUCAGCCCCUUGGCAAUAGCAGGGUUCUGUCGACUGCGAGCAUUGAGUACAUCUUACAAUGACACCCCUCAUCAAGCCUCCAGGCCUUUUGAUAAAAAGAGAGAUGGCUUUGUGAUAGGUGAAGGAGCAGCGGUCCUGGUUUUGGAAGAACAUCAACAUGCAUUGGACAGAGGAGUUAGAAUAUAUGCCGAGAUCUUAGGUUAUGGUCUGUCUGGGGAUGCAUCUCAUAUAACAGCUCCUAGAGAAGAUGGUUCAGGGGCAAUUUUAUCUAUGAGUAGAGCACUAAAGGACAGUGGAAUAGACAAGCAUAGUAUAACGCAUAUAAAUGCUCAUGCCACGUCUACACCUGUUGGUGAUGGUAUUGAAUCUACAGCAAUAAAAACUUUAUUUGAAAAUCAUGCUUAUAAUAUUCAUAUCACUUCCACAAAAGGAGCCCAUGGGCAUUUGCUAGGGGCAGCUGGGAACUUGGAAUCAGCCUUCACUAUUCUGUCGUGUUAUCACGGUAUUGUUCCUCCCACAAUAAAUUUAGAAGAUCCAAUAGAUGACCUUAAUUAUGUGGCUAAUGAACCUAAGAAAUGGCAUGCUGAAAAGAGAGUAGCCCUCAAGAAUUCCUUUGGUUUUGGUGGGACCAAUGCAACUUUGUGUAUAUCAAGUAUUUAGUUGUAAGAAUGCUAGUGUUUGAAAAUGUAUAGAUCUUAUAAGAUUUGGACUGCCUUCACAUUAAGUCGCGAGCCGCGCGGCAGCCGCGCGACUCGUUUCAGUAUAGCAGUCGCGCGGCUGCCGCACUACUCGCGACUUAGGGAGCGAACUCACGGCGCGGUUUUUUCCCGCGCCCGCCGCGGUUGCUGGCCCGCAGCUUUCGUAGA